AUGAAAUCAGUCAAGGAAUACAUACCGUCCGGCCAAACGGUCAAGAGACGCUUCGCAUCGCUCUCAUCAUGGCAAUUGGAGAAGCAGAAAUCCGCCCUCGCGCCUGACCAUGUGUGGACGAACGAGGAUAUGGAUCCGGUGAAGCCCGAGAAUCAGACGUGGACCAUCUGGACGUGGAUGGCGUAUUGGGCGACGGACACGAUUAAUCUGGGGACGUGGGAGACGGCGAGUGCGAUUUUGGCGGUGGGAUUGAGUUGGAGAGAGGCUAUUCCUGCUAUCGUCGUCGGAACCAGCUGCGUUGCCAUUCCUAUGGUCCUUAACGGUGCGAUUGGAGCGAAACUCCAUAUCCCCUUCUCAGUAGCAAUCCGCGCUUCGUUCGGUUACUACUUUGCGUACUUCGCCAUCGUAUCCCGAGCUAUCCUCGCCAUGUUCUGGCUUGGCAUUCAAAGUGCCAAUGGAGCUAUAUGUAUGACCAUCAUGAUAAGUGCCAUCUGGCCGAGUUAUGGAAACAUCAAAAAUCACAUUGCCGAGUCUCAGGGUAUCACGACGCAGGGCAUGAUUUCUUAUUUCUUGUUCUGGAUUAUUCAGUUACCGCUGCUGUUGAUCCCGCCGACCAAGUUGAGGUAUCUGUUUUUGGUUAAGAUUAUUGCGGCGCCUAUUACUGCAUUGGCGACGAUGGGUUGGAUGGUUCAUAAGGCUGGAGGAUCUGGAGACAUCUUCGCCGUACGAGCAACAGUUUCCGGAAGUCAAAAAGCUUAUCUCUUCCUAAGCUCCAUGUCAUCAGUUACUGGAUCAUGGGCAACACUCGCCUGCAACAUUCCUGAUUUCUCUCGAUACGCACGCAGCUCCAAAGGUCAAUUCAUCCAACUUCCUGUCCUUCCAAUAAUCUUCACUUCCUGUGCCGUCAUCGGUAUUGUCACGACCUCUGCAUCUCAAACAGUUUACGGAGAACCAAUCUGGAAUCCUCUCGAAAUCGUCGAGAAAUGGCUCCACAUGGGCCAUGGAGGACGAGCCGCUGCUUUCUUCGCAGCAACCAGCUGGUAUAUUGCUCAAGUCGGCACGAACAUCACCGCCAACUCCAUCUCCGCAGCAAACGAUCUCUGCGUUUUAUUUCCAAGAUACAUCAACAUCAAACGUGGAUGUAUGAUCGCCGCCGUCAUCGGUGGUUGGGUCAUCGUACCCUGGAAAAUCAUCUCAUCCGCCUCGACUUUCCUGGCUUUCAUGGGAGGAUACUCCGUCUUCCUCGCUCCAAUCGCCGGUAUUCUCGCAUCCGAUUACUGGAUCGUGAGAAAGCAAAACAUGGACGUACCCGCCUUGUACGAUCCAAAUGGACGUUACUCUUAUUUCCGCGGCACCAACUGGCGCGCUGUCGUCGCCAUGCUCAUCGCUGUCUGUCCCAACCUCCCAGGGCUCGCUUAUUCCAUCGGCAUGAACUCAGAUGGCACGGAUUCCGUCAAUAUUUCUGCUGGCGCGAAGAAUCUGUACACAUUCUGCUGGUUAUUUGGGUUUGUGAGUAGUAUCGUGGUGUACACGGCACUUAGCUUGAUAUGGCCAGAUACGGAUAGUUUGGUCGAUGAGACGAUCUAUGGACAUGAUGUUGUGGUUGGGGGAAGUCCUAUUGAUGAGGAAUCUGGCAUGCAUGGAAAGGAUUUUGGGAAUGUUGAUGCGGUGGAUUUGGGGAAGCAUGAGAAGGAUGGGAUGAAGGUUUAG